CCUGGCUUCUGUCAGGCAUAAGCGGCUGGGAACUCGUGCCGAGGCGAGCUGCAUGGUUCUUGUCAAUGGGAUGCUCACUUGCAUGGCAUCGAAGGCUUCAACUUCAAGUUCAAGGCUGGCGUGAGAACGUGAAGACGACAGGGGGAUGCAAUGGCGGCUCAUGCUGUUAAGCUGCAGGGCUUCGCGACCCCGUCUGGUCUAACUACCACCAGAGCUGCUUCCUGGAGGGAAUGUCAGAGGACAAAGUUGGUGGCAACCCGCCCAGGCCAAUAUCUGCAUAAAGGAGAGACCCGGGGCAAAAGAGUAGCGGAUGGAGCUGCCCGCUGUUGUAAGCAGGAUGAGCAGGCAAAAGCAGAAGGUCAUCAGAAGGCCGGCAGAAGGGAUGUGCUUCUAGCAGGGGCUGCAGCGCUUGUGGCAGGCACAACGCUGCCGCGCGUGGCCCGCUCGGAAGAUGCGCCAAUUGUUGAGGCACCUAAGAACGUGUUUGGCCUUGGGGAGUCCCCCCCAAUUUCCACAACCGUUGUUGAAGACACCUACAGAUUUGGUGUGUUGAAGGACGAUCUGAACGCGUAUCAAUUCAAGUACCCUUUGGAGACUGCAAAGAAAAGGGAAACAUUGCCAUGGGUAGAGACGCGCGCACCUGAGCGGUACUCCUCCGCUGCGCCCAUCUCUUCGGACGCCCGCCAACGCAUCGUGAGUGAGCGGAUAGACUUCACCAAAAGUGUCACCUGCACAGUCAGCGUCGGGCCCCCCAGUGAGAUCUUCCUUAAGGGGACGGACCCCACGGGUUGGAAAGCAACGGCCGUGGCAAACUCGGUUCUAAUGGACCGCUCCUCGAGGAGAAUGUCGCAGGGUCAGCGGACGGCGGAGUCUGAGAUAGAAGAGACGAGAACCAAGACGAUCGAUGGCGUCCCUUACUUCUUCUACGAACACAUACAACAACGAUCUCCAACGACCAUUGAGAAAAGAUCAGAUACCUUCCGCCAUUCAUACGCUGUGACGGCGGAACGGGAGGGGUAUCUUUACACUUUGAACAUCUCCACGCCCGACGUCUACUGGGAAGACCUCGAGCCUGUCUUCCGACAAGCAGUAGAGUCCUUCCGUUUACUGCCGCCUACAAAGGAUUACGUGCCCCCCUGGAAGGACCCGUGGAGAUUCUGGUAGAGCCUUUGGCAAUUGGUUGGUUCGCCUCCGAAUUCAGGAUUGGAGCAAGACAUGAUGGUCAAGUGCUUGCUGCUCAAUUUCAACAACAGCGCGAGGCCCUGCAUUCCUCUCCUGCCCGUUAUUGUGCUAAUUGAUGGCCGUACCGCCGCCAAUCCCUUCGCUUCAAUUCCUUUUGGUAUCCGGAAAUUUGUGCAUAUGCUGCACUAGCC